AUGGAACAGCAACUCGAAUUGUCGUUCAGUUGCAAUGCACUUCCUAUAGAAACAAUCUCAGGUGUUCGAAUUAGCGUUUCUUUAUGCUCCAGCAGCAAAGAGAAUUUUCUUGAGAUCGGACAAACGGAAACAGUUAUUGGCAACACUAAUCCAGUUUUCAGUCGUCGCUGUUGUGUUUCAUACUGCUUUGAAAGUUCUCAGAAACUUCAAUGUGUAAUAAAUCAAGUUGAUGGAAAGAGCGAAAAGUUUAUUAGUAUGGUUGCAAAAGUGGAAUGUAUAUUAGGAGAGGUAAUUUCACGUGGUGGUUCCAUCGACCUGCAAUUAUUUCCAAAUGGAGGAAUAUCGUUUUUACGCUUGGAAACUCAUGAGGCGAAAUUGUCAGGUCAAGCUGUUCGUUUGCAGUUUAAAGGUCAUAGUUUACAUGCACCAUCAAAUGACUGCCCAUUAGACGCCUAUUUUGUGAUGUAUUUGGUUCCGGAAGACGCACCAAAAUUACUACUGCAUAAAAGUGAAGCGAUUGCCGAGAAAAAUCCUGUGUGGAAAACCUUUCUCAUUCCUAUUUCUCAUUUUUCAUUUGCGUCCGCCAGCUGCUCGAUUGAAAUUGAUGUUUAUAACUACAAUGUUAAUCGCGAGGACAAGUUGAUUGGAAAAUGUACGACAUCAUUUGAUCAGCUUAUGAGAGGAAUUGGCGCUUUAAACGCUUACAAAUUGUCAAGUAUUGAGGGCAAAAAGAAAAGGAACACUUCAGUGGAACUGGUGGACAUUCUUCAUGUUGCAUCAUCUUCAUUUAUUGAUUACCUUAAAGCAGGAACGCAGAUCCACUUCUCAGUAGCUGUAGAUUUUACAGCUUCGAACGGGAAUCCACUUGAUCCGUCAUCACUGCACUAUAUACAUCCACACAAAUUUAAUCCCUAUAUGACAGCCCUGAAUGCAGUUACAUCGGUAAUUGGGAAAUAUAACAGACAUGGACGGAUCGCUGCACUUGGUUUCGGAGCACAAAUACCCCCUGAUUAUAAAGUUUCACAUCUCUUUUUUCUGAAUGGUGAUGUCAAAGAUCCACAUGUUGACGGUAUUGAUGGUGUACUGAAUGCAUAUCGUUCUGCUUUACUGUCUCUCCGACCGUAUGCACCAACGGAUUAUUCAGAGGUCAUAUAUCAUACUUACAAGUUUGGAGCAGCGGUGCAACGCCAGGGAAGCAGUGAUCAUUAUUUUGUGUUACUUAUUGUGACAGAUGGAUGUGUGACAAAUCCGGAGCGAACGGUGAAUGCAAUCGUGGAUUGUGCAGAAUUACCUGUGUCGAUUGUCAUUGUUGGAGUUGGUAACCAAGACUUUUCUCCAAUGCAACGUUUACUUUCCCCAAUACUUAAAUCUUCUGAAGGCCGUUUAUUACGUCGUGAGGUUGUUACUUUUGUGCCUUAUACUGCUUCGAUGACCACUAAUGAGCUCGUUACUAAAUUGUUGUUAAAUGUACCACGGCAGUUUCUUACCUGGGCCAUGAUGCAUGGAAGGUUUGCACCAUCCAGAUAG